GGUUUUUCCGCUUUGGGUGCUGACCGUGCCGACCGUGCUGACCAACCAGCGCCCAACAUCCGGUGUAUACUCCGGUGUAUGUUCGUAUGUAUGUAUGUACAAACUGAAGAUGCUGAAAUCGCAAAUGUCUUGUAGCGACUGCUGCUGCCAUACACUCCCCUCGGUAUCGGUACAGUGAAAGAAAAAAGAAAAAAAAAAACGCCCUACAUUGCCGAUAUUCCUUAUUCCCAAUGCACGCGUCAUAAGCACGCGGACGCGAUGGGCAAGGCGUCUUCGCAAUGACACGACGUCCAGGGUAAGGUUUGGUGGUCGCGAUUGCAUCGAAACCGAACGCAAAAUGCAGCCAGGCAAGCGAGGCGUCCAGGAGUUCAUCCAAGGCGUCUUUGCGCCGAUGAUCACGGCCCAGUGCAGCCCCGACGCUGAAGAUGUGUGCCGCAGGAACAAUCUUUCCUUCGUCGAGCUUCUACAGCCGUUCUGCCAGGCAGUCGAAGUGACUGUUCGGCCGCCGAACACCAUCCAGGGCUCGAUUGCCACAAAACUUCGCCUCUGCGUUCGGGACCUGAACAACCCACUGCCCCAACUUGCGGCAGCCAAGAAGCUCCUCAACGACUCGGUGGCCAACGUCCAGCCAUCGCUCAAUGAAAGUGGUGCAUCCCUGAGCAGCAUUAAAGCUGGCUGUUACAAUUUGCAAGUGUCGAGCUCAACACCAUGGUUCCAGUCAUAUAGAGACACAUUCUUCCGAGUGAUGCCACCGUUGGAGCAUGAUUUCACCAGGCACUUUCUGGCUUGCAUGUUUGUGAUUUCCUCGGGGCAUGCGGCUCCUCAGGAAGAGUUGCAGCGCCUGGUGCAAGCUCAGCAGCAAUGCCAGGCGAAUGGGACACACCACUCUCGUUGGUUUUACCCUCAGACGCUCAAGUAUUAUGUGCUGAUUCACGACGCUCUACUUGGAAACCAGGCCAAAGCGGAGGCAACAUUCCAGGGCAUGAAAAAACUGUAUGGUGCCAGCUGCUGCCACCUACUUCAAGUCAACUCUGCUCCCGCUGACGAUCCAACUGUCUCCAGUCUUCCAGACCUCUGGUCACAGUUCUUGCAUGCAGAAUCCUCUGACAAGGCUGUGAACGACACUUCUUCCAAGGCCCUAGGAAGCAACUUGUCUCUCGACGACGACAUCUUUCAACAAGAGCUUGGUAACUCCGACGAUGAGACGAGAAACCACUGUGCCGUGCAGCACCCUCUCCUGAGCAGUGGUGACUCUUCUUCGCCCACUCUGGAUGUUGCGGCCAGCGAAGAUAGCGUUUGGCGGAAGCCGGGAUCCCGCCUGGGACGCUGCCUGUCGCAGAGCGACCGAGAGCGUGUGCGAGUGUUUGUCCAGGAGUUCUGCAGUCAAGGCUUGGUCCCUUACGUUGAGGAGCAGAUGCGCAUUCUCAACGACCAGGUGACCAACAAGAAAGGAAUCCACCGCUCAUUCAUGAGCAUGAAGAAACUCUUUGCUGGAAGCAAAACAGUUCCUCAAGGUCCUCAUUCAUCUGUCAACUCUGUCGUCUACGGCCAAGAUGCUCCUGAACUGCAAGUGAGACGUCUGGGCGACCUGGCCUUCCUCUUCCAACUGUACGAGUUUGCCUACCAGGCCUACCACAGUGCCAAGAGGGACUUCAGCAGCGACAGUGCUUGGCUUCACUUUGCCGGCGCACAGGAAAUGGCUGCCCUGGCGGUGUUUAUGGCAGGCGUGAAUGCCCAGCGACCUUUCCCAUUACGUUACAUGGACUCGGCAAUUGACCUCUACCUCAACACCUGCAAACUUCCCCAGCUGGCAACGAGGGCAGCCCUGCUGAGCACAGAGUGCCUUCGCCACCUGGGACAGCACUCAAGCGUAGCGGCCCAGCUGAUCCGGCUGACGAGCGAGGACUCUGACCUGCGCAGUGCGCUUCUCCUCGAGCAGGCGGCCUACUGCUUCCUUCAAGCCGGCACGGCACCCUCGGUGCGCAAGUAUGCCUUCCACGUGGUGCUAGCCGGACACCGCUACAGCAAGGCAGGGCACCGCAAGCACUCCCUUCGGGCCUACCAGGAGGCGCUGCAGGUGUACCAGGGCCGCAACUGGAGUCUGGCAGAGGACCACAUCCACUUCACUAUUGGCCGGCAGUCGACAUACCUCAAGCUGCUUCAGGGGGCCCACGAGGCAUUCCACUGCCUGCUGGCCAAGCACAGCGAGCAGUCACCCACCCAGCAGCUGCUCUUCCUCAGGGAGUACCUCCUGGUGCUCAAGAUGUUGCACGAGAACGACCUGGCAGCAGCCACGGUGCUUCUGCCGGUGCCAGAGGUGCACACGAGCUCCACGAGGGUCUACCUGGGACCCGUGGCUGAUGAGGGUGCCCUCUGGGGGGACCUGGGCACCUGGCUCAAGCUGGAGGAGUGUGCCGCUGCAGUGGCCAACGACGGCACGCUCCCAGCCACCUUUCGUCCCCAGCUGAGUUUGCUCAGCGACGACACCGACAAUGGGGCCAGGCCUCUCACAGUCGUCGGGGAACCGGUGACAGUUGAACUAGAACUGCGCAAUCCGCUCCAAAUCGCUCUCCAGCUAAGCCAGGUGCAUCUGCUUUGGAGCUUUCUUCCCUCAGACAGGGAGGACCUUAUUAGCAAUGACAGAGCUGAUGCUCAGGAUGGUCAGGCAGCUACACUCAUCAAUACUGGCGUGCUGGACGAAGUUCUCCUCGAGUCUGAACAGAAGCAAAGGGUGCGUUUGACCUUGGUUCCCCACUGCACGGGCGACCUCCACGUAACCGGGUUUGCCUAUCGGGUUGGGCUCUCGCCCACCCAACUGGAUGCAACCUCGGACCUCGGACCUCUGCCCAGCCCCGUGAGCGGACGCCAGUUGUUGUCGGUCCGGGGUCCGAAGCUGAAAAACCUCAAGACUGCCAAAAACGGACAGUUCUACUCUCCCGACUGGAGGCUGCAUCCGACGGUCGUCGCUGCCAUGCCACAGCUUACGGUCAGCUUCUCCAAUGUUCCCCGGCAACUCCUCUGUGGCGAAGUGCAGCGCACCGUUCUACACGUUUCCAAUGCGCCGAACCUCCCUGAACUCUCAUCACUUCUCAUCGCUUCACCGACCCCCCAACUCUUCUGCCUCGGCUUCAACGAUCCCGACGACGAAGGCGCUCUGGGUUCGGCGGACGAAGGCAUUGCGUACCGUGAAAAGCCCCUGCAGUCGAGCAGGGCAGCACCAGUUUUAGCACAGCGACCCACGGCAAACUUCGUCUGCAGUCUCCCAGAGGCUGUCUGCAGGAUCCCUGGUGGUGGAGAUGCCUCAGUGCCCCUGUGGAUUCGGGGACCUGACGUAGUGGGACGUCACACUCUCAGACUGCUCUUUUACUACGAGAGUGCCCAGAAGAGUAGCAGGCUCACGCACCGUGUUCUCUACCACAACAUCCACUUCUCAACGCUUCCCUCGCUGGCUCUGCAGGCCUCAGCUCGACAGAGCGUGUCAGCAGUCGGGGCAGGUUCUCCCAACGGACUUCUAGUUUCCCUUCAGGCCAAAAACUUGAGUGAGGCUGAAAGCAUUGGAGGCGUCGACCUUAGUUUACUCCAGGUGACGUGCGUGAGCCGUGUUUGGAAUUUGAUUCCUUUGACGACACACCUGAGGGUUGGGGCAAGUGUAGUGAAACCUCAGGAAACGAAAAACCUAGUCUUCAAAGCUGUUCCCUUCAGCUCCAAAUUGAGCCAGGAUAACACAGCCGUUGUUUCCCAACUACCGUUAGCACGGGUUCAGGUGGAGAGCACGUGCACGCCGUGUCUUGAUUUCUGUUGGCGAGGAAGCCAAGAAUGGCCACCCUUGAGCCAGGAAAAAGCGUCCUCCCAGGGAGACAAUGUAGCCAUGCAACUUGCAGCAGCAAACUUAGAGAAGGCACCAUCCCUGGACAUUACCCUUGCAAUCCUUUGGAAGGCUGCCAUCGAGCGAGAUGGUCAGAUUAAAGUGGUCAUGGGACAGCAGCAUGUGACUUUGAAGGACUUCCAUACGCUCUUCUCGUCUGUGCCUGGACAAAAGAUGGAUCUGAGGCCAGCAAUCCCCGUCUAUCCUACAAUGGGACUUGCUGCCCCGACGUUCCAGUAUGUUCGAUGUGCGCUGGUUCAUCCUGUACAAGCGAACCAUGACUUUAUGUCAAGCAGAAUUCUGGUGAUUCCAGUGAGCCUCGUAGUUCACAACUCGAGCUUUAGGACCGUCACAGUAAGCAUCGAGCCGGCCGUCAGAACACCACCGGCGGUCGUCCUGUCCAGUCCCGUGACCACCCCAGAGCUAGUGGCCACCGACGUGGGCGGUUUCAGCUGGGUAACCGGAAUCCGGCGCCACUACCCGAUGAAGUCGCGCGAGACGGUCACCUUUCCGUUGACGGCCGCAUUCUCCAUGGCCGGGACGUACAAUGUGGCCGCCCUUGAAGUGAGCGUCCUCACGGACGACGGCCGCCUCUCCCACGAGCCACUGUGUCCGAGCCUCGUGGUGGUGCAGCAGCACCGGGCACCGUAGGGGUCCCUCGCUUGCUUGCUCGUAAACUUACAAGCGUCCUUCACCCACUCCAGUUUUAGGGAGGGGAGCUGGCCGGCUUCCGUACAUCCAACACCGGUGUGAAGACUGACUGCGGCCCUGGCACUGUAGUUACGAGACGACUGGACAAACCAACGUUUCAGCGCGGUAGAGUUUUGUGGAAACUCCACUGGCACGGACCCUGCUGCAUCGUUUUAUUGCUGUUGCAGUGCAAGUGGCGAAGCCUUGUUUCAGAGAGGUUAUCGAGUCGAACGAUUCAUAGUAGUCACGUAGACGCCUUUGUUUAGAAUGAAGUCACGUUUCCCCAUGUGGCCUUGCCUGAACUCAACUUCAUCACUCUGUGCAUAGAGUAGAAUGUACCAAAGGUCAGUAGAGAUAACUGUGUGCACAUGAAGCGUGCCGGGAGUGUCGAGUGCAUCUGCAAUGUUUUGGCGGCAAGCUUCCACCGGGCAAUGGGGAAUUUGGGUGGAGGGUUCAAAGUGUGGAGGAGCGUGUUGAAUUUUAUGCCUUCUUUUUCUCCCAUCUUUUGAUUGAGUGCAUCAGAAUGGGUAGAUGAGAAUGGGCCGAUGUGUAUGAAGAUAUUUGAGUGUGUUUCUCUAUUUGACUCAGGUUUUCAGAUCGGUUCGACGUCUAAGGAAGAAUGUGCCAGAGGCAUAAAGUGCGAGUGCCGUAGAGGUUGCUGCACUAGGAAAUGUUCAGCAUUCUCCGAGAUGUUUCCGAAAUUUUUGUGAGUUUCAGAAUACUAUCUUGCAGCAACUGCUGCAGUUGUGUGUGUGUGUUUUUUUUUUUUUUUAACUUGUUCUAGCACAUUGUUUUGAAUAUAGUCUUCAUUAGUGGAGAUCUUUUAAAGAUGAUUUGCCACUCAACAGUGGUAAACGAAGCCUGGUUUGUGUAUGAAUGUAGUUAAAGUAAAGUUAUCAAUAAGUUCACAUAGACUUUCGACAUACAUUAAUGGGCUGCUGAGUGAUAUUGUAUGAGGUGUAAAACGCAUGCCUCUAGUCAGCAUGUCAUUUUGAUGGUAACCAAGUUGCUCAGAUACAAAGAGAUAUGUCCACAUACUUCCUGGCAUGGCGAACAAGUGCUAGGCACAAACAUCCUUUGCAGAACUUUGCUAAACGUUGGUAAACUAAGCUUGUUUGCCCACUAAAAUUUGUUUUGUUGCCUUUGUGUGCAAUGCGGUACAUAAGGUCUUUGUAUUGUUCUUAUUUACCUGCAACUGUUAGUAUGACUGCUCUUUUAUACAAUAUGUGUAAGAUAAAAAGAUGUUAUGUAAAUAAAACAUUUGUAUUAGGUUCCCAAC